AUGUGGGUUAAACCUCAAGAAAUUUUCCUGAAAACUGCGCUCUGGGACACUGACGAAACUACGUUGUACUUCGUCCUUCAAAGGAGAAAAGGGCAUGGGAAAUCUAAAGGGUUCUCCGCGCUUCUUGUGGGUACUAUAGAUAGCGUACGAGAUACUAAACCAGCGCCCUACAGGAUUUUGCAUCAGACACCUAAUUCAGAAGUAUAUUACGUGAUAUCAACAGCACUAACUGAGCCAGAAAUACGCCAGGACUGGCAAUGGUUGUUUGACAAUGUUAGUCCGACAUUACAUUCAUUUGACACAGAGGAAGAAGUGACUGAAUUUGUGUGCUGCAAGAUUAAUUCUAUCAUCGCUACUGAACAAGAGAACUUUACUGAAGAUGAAGAUACAGUCACAUACAAGAAUGUUGACUAUGAAUUCCAUGAACGGUUUCGCAUGCCGAAAGAUGAGAAGCUCGUUUGUUACUACUCUUGUAGUUAUUGGAAAGGUAAGAUGCCGCGUCAAGGAUGGAUGUAUCUCUCGGUCCAUUACAUGUGCUUCUAUUCCUACAUAUUUGGACGUAAAACGCUGAUCAAAAUCAGAUGGGCUGACGUCACGGAGUUAGCGAAAACCAACAGUCUUCUGUUUCCUGAUUCCAUCAAAGUGGUCACCAGAGAUGGGGAACAUUACUUCACGUUGUUUUUGAAGAAAAGCGAAACUUUUGCGUUGAUGCAGCAGUUGGCAAAUAUAACUAUGAAACAACUAAUCGACGAUAAAUCAGGACCAUUCCACACUGACAAAGAUCUCUUAACGAAACUCAGUAAAAACGUGCCAAAGAAACCAUCCUUCUUAAAACGAGACUUGGACGCGAGGAAACAGUCUAAUCUGUUCACCUUAAGGUUCAGAUUGCCACAAAAUGAGAAGCUUGAUGGUUCCGAAGAAUGUACCUUAUGGACUCCUUAUAAUAAACGACAUAAUUGGGGGAGGUUAUACCUGUCGCAGAACUUCCUUUGUUUUGAUAGUCGGGUCCGUAACCUAGUCCGUCUGACAAUCCCGCUCCGUAACGUCCACCAAGUAGAACGCGCCGACUCGGGCGGCACAGCCAGCUCAUCAGCUGACACUGGCAGCAUCCUCAUCACCACAGCUCAUCAUACAAGCUUCCUAUUUGGGAAUAUAUCGGAUCGGGACUUCUUGGUGCAUAAGAUUUCGGAGCUCCUUGCUAAGUUGCCAAAUGAUGUGUACAGGGAAAAGGCGAGUAAGGUGUUGGCGCAAUCUGAAGUCGAGGGCUGGACUCCACAGCCUCCUCUCAUGACGUUAUUCAGGACGCACCAGACUUCGCCCAUCAAACAGAUACAACAGAAAAAGGAGAAACAAUGGGAAGAUCAUAUGGCGGAAGUGGGUCGCGGCGUCAGUAUGUACCAGACGACGGAAGGCAGCGAAUUAGUCGUGAACGGUAUACCGGAGUUACUUCGUGGAGAGCUAUGGAGCGUCUUCUCAGGGUCUAUACUUCAGAAGGCACAGAACAAGGGCUUGUAUGAACGGUUGGUCAAUGAAGCCUUGUCAUCUAAGAACCAAGCGAAUGAUGAGAUUGAAAGAGACUUGCAUCGGUCUUUACCAGAACAUCGAGCAUUCCAGAAUGAUGUUGGUAUCUCAGCACUCCGUCGCGUUUUAUGCGCGUACGCAUUGAAGAAUCCAACGAUCGGUUACUGCCAAGCGAUGAACAUAGUAGCGUCAGUAUUACUGAUAUAUUGUCCAGAAGAACAGGCCUUCUGGCUCCUAGCGACCAUAUGCGAGACGUUGUUACCUGAUUAUUAUAAUACAAGAGUUGUUGGGGCUUUGGUAGACCAAGGCGUUUUAGAAGAGUUAACCGAAGUCCACCUUCCGGAGCUCCACGCAAAGUUAGACGAGCUCGGCAUGAUGAAGAUGAUCUCCCUCUCCUGGUUCCUGACGCUCUUCAUCAGCGUCAUGCCCUACGAGUGCGCCGUCAAUGUUAUGGACUGCUUCUUCUAUGACGGUGCUAAAGUUAUCUUCCAGGUAACAUUAACAAUACUGGAUAUAAACCGUGAGAAGCUGCUCAAAUGUACGGAAGACGGUCAGGCCAUGCAAGUGCUGAACGACUACCUCCAGGGCAUUUACAAUGAGGAGGCUAUGGCCUUGUCCACUGAGCCUAGGACUGCUGACAAGACUAUAAAAAUCCAAGACUUAAUAUACCAAUCCUACCGUUCAUAUGGUAGUAACGUGUCAAGCGAGAAUAUUGAACGUUUAAGACUGAAGCAUCGCCUGAGGGUCGUCAGGCAGCUGGAAGACAGCCUCGAAAGGAACACGCUUCGAGCGUUACAGCAAGAUAAACUGCUGGAGUUAAAUGAACUUCAGGAGUUAUUAAGUGCCAUCCGUGAAGAGCUUCUAUGGGCUAAGCGCGUGCCUUGUGAGAGGUUAGAAGCCCCUUAUGAAGCGUAUAGGUUAGACUUCACACAGUUUAAGACUUUGUACUCGGCGCUGUCGCCCUGGGCGAAGGGAGACUUUGCUGAGGCAAUCACUGCUAGGAUGUUUAAGCUGAUGGACUACGACGAUGAUGGCAUGGUGAGCGCCCGCGGCCUGAGCGUAGCUCUCGGACUGUGUUGCCGCGCGGACGCCGCCAGAAGACUUCGCGCUCUAUACGCCGCCCACUCACCGCCGCUACUAGCUUCAAGGGAUCUAAGGCCAACACACUUCACUGACACAGGGGAAGAGCUCGCAGCUGAUGCUAUAUCGUUCUUUGACAGUGUAGACGAGGAUCCCGUGACACCCGAGCCAUUGCCGUCGUCUUUACAAAGGUCAAUCAGUGAAGGGUGCGGCGAUGGUGCACUAUUGGAUAAAAGUGAUUCUGAAAAUAGUCAGACAGGUUUGUGCGGCUGCAGCGCACACAGCGUGCGCGCGUGUGCGCUGGGCGGCGCGGCGGGCGCGGGCAGCGGCGCCAGCACGCCGGGCGCGGGGGGCGCGGGGCCGGGCGCGCCCGCCGCCGCGCCGCCGCUGCCCCGCGCGCACUUCCUGCAGCUGCUGGCCGUGCUGCACGACCUCACGCAGCCGCGCCCGCCGGUCUACGAGGCCGUCGUGCUGGCAGGUACACUGCUAUUACAACUUGGUGAAUGGAAUCACCGUCCUCAACUCGAUCGUGAAAUCUCACAGGAUAGUUUGUUCUUAGCUGCUGCCGCCAAGCAACCUGAAGCACAGCAAUUGGAUCCUAAUGGAAACGCGACGGACUCGGAACAGGACUCCCAGAAACCUUCUCCAUCCAAAGAAAUUGAACAAGACGGUAUAUGGUCUAUAACACUUGAACAAUUCCUAGCGACAAUGCUAGCUCAACCUCCCCUCGAAGAGUUUUUCAACGAGAAGAUAUCAAUACUACCUCAGUUAGAAGCGCUAAGACAGAGGGACAGGCUGCAGUCAGUUUCAUAGCUGAUGGAGAUAGCCGGGCUGCUUGGUAUAAGUAUGUAAGCCCUGCUUUUCAAGGUACGGUCUUAUUGUGUUAUAGUAAGGUUCUAAAUUGAUUGACGCAAUUUAAAAGGGUCUGUUCAUAGAUGUUGCUUGUAAUUAAGAAGCGUUUAAUAACCAAUCAAACUCGUUUAAAGAGAAUUACACUGUACUAACAUCAUUUCAAGUUUUGAUUGAAUUGGAUUACUAACUAUAUUAUGAUAAUAAUUAUUAAAUUAUGGUUUUCUCACGGGUAUUUGCCGGUAUCAAUCAUGAGCUGACACUUCGGCGGGGUCGCGAUUCAACUCGGAAGCCCGCCGCAUGAGUCAACUGUCAUUAAAUAAAUAAUUAGAGGAACUAACUAAAUUACACCAACAUUUAUGUAUUCGAGCUAAUCUCAGCCGCUACUUCAUUUUAAGACGUUUUGAAACAGUGAACUUAAUUCUGAUGACGGUUAAGUAUUCGUCUAAAAAUAUUUGGUAUCUAUACAUGGCUAAUGUUCUUAAUAAUCUUGUGCAAUGUCUGCUUUCAAAAUUAUGUUGUAUUUUUUUAUUGACCUGUUAUGUAAUUAUUUAAAAAUUCUCAUUGUCGAACUAUCUAUUAUAUACACAAAAUGUAUUUAGGAAGUUUCAAUGAAUUGGUAGCUGUAAGGACUCAAGGCACGCGUCGAUUUUGUUGGCACUGAAACCCAAAAUGUUUUUAACAAAAAUAAUUCGAGUUUGGAUUUGCCAUUUCCAAACAACCGCUUCGUAUCAUCAUCAUUCGUGUGCAUAUAUUUAAGUGUAGUGAACGAAAUUAUGACCUAAAAAUUUCUGUUACUUUUAUAUAUUUUUUAAGUAUUGUAAAUUAAGUUAUAACAAGUCUAGAAAACACCAAAUGUUAAAAGAGACUUAGCCAUGAUUUUAGACCUUUUUUAGGGUAUAAAAAGGGUGCAUUACUUCCAAAGACCAAUGUAGCGAUGGCAUAUAUAUUGUCCCUUAAAACAUUUAGUUUUGAUGUACAUAUAAUUAAAAUGUUCAAGAAUCUUACAUUCCAAUGUUAACAUUCUGUUUUGAUUAUCCAGUAAAGGCUUUUCUAUAACCUAUAACGUCAAAGAGAUGUUUCUAUAAAGAAAUAUCUAUUCAAGGAUUUAAAUGAAUAAAGGGUGUGUCAAAACAAAAGCUUAAUAUAUUACUAGAAAAAAAUGGUGUAUUUUGUAGCGUUACUGGAGAUAUAAGAGCGUAAAAGAAAUCAAGAGAUUUUUGUCAAAACGAUUAAGACCUGCACUUAACCAAGUAAUCAACUUAAAGAGCAAAUAAACUUGCGUUACGGCCACAUAUAUUAAUCAAAAAUUUAAUUAAAAACAACUUCAUAUAAGAAAAAUCGGUAAUCAACGAUACUUCUCCUUUUCGUUUUGUCAUAUUGAGUAUAUCAUGGUCUAACCAUAUACGUCGCAACGCAAGUAUCUGAUACCCAAAGACCUUGGCCUGCGUUUCCAUCAGAGAGGUGCAAUGGAAAUGUCUCGUGCGAGGAUGUCUGCUAAACCGUUUCUACCGAAGCUAUUCUAUCCAGGGCGAGUUACAUGCAGCGAUUUUGUUGGUGCUUUUCAAACACGUAACUCGUUAAGUACCAAAUUUGCUUGAUCAAACCAAAUAGCAAACAAAUUUGUUAAUUUUCUAGUAGAUUGGCGCAUUUUUGGUAUUGACACCGUGUGUCAAGACAUAAGAAGACGAUGGAGUCGAGAAUGGUUUAAAUAUACUAUUAAACUACGAUAAACAAUUAUGUAAUGCAAAGAUUUUCGUCAUACUCGACAAACACGUAGUUGUUUGACAAACAAUUUGACUGUCUCCAGGGCACUUUACACAUCUUUAGUGGAAACCCAGCUUAAGACUCCAAGCAGAAGUCUUAUAAAAUUGAGUAUCGUUAAUGGGAACUUGUCGUUGGACCCCAAGUUCGGCGGGUAUUCGGAUGCGUCGCCUCGCGUAUUGAAAGACCUAAUUUCGGUAAACAUAGCCAUAUUAUUUGUUAGUUAGUCUGUAAUUAUCGUAAACAAUAUAAUUACCCUUCGUACCUACUCCACUGUUUAUAUAAACAGAGAUAUUCUAAUAUAUUACUAACACUAGAUUUAGUACAAAAUGGCAUUUUCUGUAUAAUAUCAUAUGUAUAGGACUAAUCUUAUUACUAUUCCUUUAGAUAUGUAUCCGCUUCCAAUAAGUUAUUUUUCAUAAGCUUGUAAAGCAAAAAUAAAUAUUCAUACAGGGUGUUUUUGUUACUGUUUGCGAGGCGAAAAAUAUGAUUUCAAUAUAAAUUUUAAAACAUGUGCUAUAGGAAAUUUAAACAAAUAUCUCGAAUCAAUGCUGUUUAAUUUUUUAUAGCACAUGUUUUAAAAUUUAAAGGACAUAUUUUUCGCUGAUUCAGUCGUACCAUACACAGACUCACCCUGUAUCUUUUAAUUAUAUGAACUUCUCUAGUAUAUAACAUAUGUAUAUAACAGUGCCUAUUAUGGAUUUAGUUAAGACCUCAGUUAUCUUGUAUAGCCUCCUUAUGGUGCUUGAGAUGUAGUGCUUGUAUAAAACAGAUAAAAGCAAUAAUAAUAUAUUUUGCAACAAAUUAGGCCAUAAUAAGUAUAGUUUAAAAAAAAUGGCAAUAGUUUUGCCUUAAGUAUAUGUACAAAAAUAUAUACCAAAAAUAAUGUCACUGUUUUAACGUAUGUGUAAAAUCAUAUUUUUAUAAAACCACGCGUCAUCGUUCGGCUGUUUUACCUAACUAAGAGGGCUAUCACACAUAUUACCUUUUUUAAAUAGCGCCUUUAUUGACACGUGGCAAAUAUGCUUUUUUUAUAAAUAAAUACGUUAUAAAAUAGACUUUACUAUAUGGCUUAAUAAACAAUGUAAGCAGAUUAUAAAAUAUACACGUAUAUUAUUCUUGUAUAAGUAUAGACGAAUAAGAACCUUAUGUGCUUAUAGACAAAGUGUAAAAUGGUCAUAUUUAUUUUUGUACGCCACAGUAUCCCAAAACCAUAUACAAACGAAUACUAGAUACAUUCAUAUAGGCUUUUAGGUACAUUCGAUUGCAAAAGGGAGAAGACCGUCCCUAGGAUGUUUUUCAUUCUUAGUUUAGAUUUAAAGCAGAAAUAUAGCUUCUCGCUUCUGUAAGAGAUUGUACGGCUUUUGACAAUACAUAAAUGUUAAACGAACUCAAUUGUUACGCAUAGAGGUUUAAUAUAAAAUGCCUUUACUUUGUAUAGUGAACAUUGACAUUAAUUAGCGGUCCAAUGUAUAAAUACUAGGUAUUGUAGGUAACCUAGUAAGCCGCUAUAUCAUGAAAAAACAUAGUUAUGAAUGCAUAUUUCUGGAACUGGUAUAGCUUCUUCAUGAACUAAGGAAACCAGAUUCUUGGUUGACGUGUAGGAUAGUCAUUAUUUUGGUUGUCUUGUAGCCGAUAUCUUGGUUGCCUAUAGUAGUCAGUGUAUGAAGAAGCUAAACUUUUUUGCAUCCGUUUUUAUUCUCUUAUUGUAUUAUGUAUUGUCUCAAUACUUAUCCCACAUUUCUUCGCAGAAUGCAAUGUCAAUACUACGUAAGAUCACGAAAUGUAUAUGUAAUUUCUUUUUGUGUAUAUCUAUCUUGCGUACAAUAUACUUUUUUACUAUUCUCGUCUUCAUGAACUAUAGUGUAACUACUAUCAAGCACAAACUUAUAUUUUUUCAUGUCUUUUUAUUUGUUAAGAUUAACCAUGUCCAUAUAAGUAGCUAUAUCUGAAUAUUAUACAAGUUUAAUUGAAUAUACUUGUUUGACGUUCA